AUGGCUACCGUUGCAGACAGAAAGUUCGCGGCGGCGCAGAAAGCAGCUACCGUCAUGUGCUCCGUGGCCGUGCUGCUAUUCACGGUCUCCUUCUUUCGGCCGUCUCAUGCUAGGCACGGUUCCUCCAAGGGCUUUGGCCUAGUCGGUGGCGUGUUCAUGGCCCUAUUCACAUUCUUCCAGAUGGUGUCAAUUCUGUUCCUCGUCAAGAGCAUCCAAGAAUACAACCGCUAUGGUGGCGGUGCCUUUGAGGCCAAAACCGGGGACACCUAUGGCUUGGGCAUGACCGCUUUCGUGUUUGGCCUCAUCCAAGUCAUCAUCGUCCUGGGCUUCUUCGGUCAGGCCGCGAAUGGCCCCCUGUUGUCCUGCACCCGGCGAAUUUCGGCCCCGGACGACAUGGGUGCUGGUUCUGCCACUCCUACCCCUCGAGGCCGCCACUAGAUGUUUAACGAGGACGGCGUGCAGGAUAUCCAGGCCAUGCUGACCGUUGGCGUGUGACGUAACCAAGCAUGAAGUUACCUUUUCGAGUGUGGAGGGAGUGUACAUGCAUCAAUAUGCCGACGAUGCUUGUUUUACAUAUUGCUUGUCUCCUCAACCACGCUGAAUAUUCUAGCCCGCCACAAUAUGGCGAGUGUACCAUGCGAAGGACGGGUCGAAGGGAACGCGUAAGCGCAGCAUUAAUUGUUGUGUUACGUUGAUCCCCUGGUACUGACGACGGAAGGGGGAUGCGCUGGACUGGCGGAACAUACCCACGCUUUAUGUUGAAAUUCUUCCCAGAUAACGUGUACUUCAAGAGCAUGGAUAGCCCGCUGAAUUGGCGAUUGGACCUACUUCGUAUUUCGGUUUGGAACGGGUCUUCCAAGCCUACAAACGAUUAGGCUCGUACACGAACUGUACACGUGUUGCAAGAGAAAUGUAAACAACAAUAGAAAGUGUAGAUCAGGGCCGGCAAAAAGUUGUCCCGCCCGUUGUGAAGCUCAAGUGCGUGUGUGGGCAAAGUUCCCCUCUGUUUCCUAUUGAUUGGCGUCGCCGCGGAAUACUAGGUUGUCUUGUAGUUCAGAAAAACGGCAAGUUCGCGCACGUCUCUGCGUGCAGAAGUGUCCGCGCACACAAUGAGACGUAGCGCGCGCGGGCGUGAGGGUGUGCACGUGGAGUGGGUGAUUUGUGCCUGGUGCUAAGCGCUAAUAGCUAUUUUUUAUUGGCCGAACAUGGCCAAGUCCUUCUUUCCACCGCCUUUUUGCCUUUCCAUAUCCCUAAUGUAGUUUGGUGGUGCUCAAGGCGACUCCCUAUUGACAAGGCCAGUGUUUUGUAGUUUCGUCUACAAGAGGAGAAGAUCGGUGAUAAAAAGGUUCGCCUACAAGACGAGGGCGUUCUGGCGUGUAUGUCGCAGGGCCAGGAACGUGUUGCUUUUUAUGGCGCGGGGGUCGAGGGGGUACCGUCUUCACCACACACGUGCGAGGAAGAAUAGUCCAACAUAAGACGCACGAUAAAAUAUGCAGCCUCCGAUAUGUAUUCGGUAGCGAGUUGCAUUGCUCGAGAAAUACAAGCAAUGUGUUGUUUUAUGACGGCCCGUUGAUUGAGAAUUGCGAGAAUCAACACAGGUUGGUGGGACCGUAGUUACGCUCUUCGUCUGUGCUAUAUUUUUCAGGAUGUGCGCUUUGUUUGGUCAGAUUUGUUUUUGUUUCUUAAGGUGAAGAGGAAAGAUCCAGGGCUAUACGUGGCGACGCAGUCGUCCCCUGGGAUGGGAAUGGUAAGAAAUGCCCGCCGCAGGCGGAAACGUUUUUGGGCUUACCAUCAGCUUUGAUGGGAUGGGAUCUCAAUCUCUCGGAUGGGAAUGGGAUGGGAUGGCAGAGCUGAUGGGAUGGGAUGGUAUUGGCAAAUCCUCGUUGCUGGGGAUGGGAUGGGAACUGCUGGAUGUUGCGAUGGGAUGGGAUGGAUACGUGCACAAAGCGUUGAUGGGAU